AUGGGCAUUGAACCUCCGCUUAGCACCAUCGCUGCUGGAAACGAUGCUGCAAGCACCCCGGUCGGCGUUAGAAGUCGAUUCCGGUGUUCUUACCGGCUGGGCGAGGCUGCAGCCUUGAAGCUUGCUGCGAGCCGCGGCUCUCCCGCACUGGCAGCUGCCAUCCAGGCAGGACAAUUCCCAAAGACUUCGGUCUAUGAGUUUGGCACCAACGAUGCGCUACACGCAGCGCCGGCACCUGCCAAGCCUACGCGGAUGUCGUUGAUGGCGGAGAAGCCACCGAAGCCACAGCCGAGGGAGGUGCCUCCAUCAGCACGACGCACAGCUUUUGCCAUCGGCCGUGCAGUGGCUACGUUGCCGGGGGCAGGCAUGCCGGCCCACGGGCAAGCAGCAGUUCCUUCGGUGGCCCCUGCAGCAGCGGGUCGUGGGGCGACCAACGACAGCACAUCAGAUGCCGGAAAUGGCAGCAGUGUUUGGCUGACGUCGCCGGGGGUUUCAGCGGAGUCUCGUGUUGCUGUGCGGCUGCCGCAAAACGAGUUCACGUACAUCGACCGGCCGUGGUUGCACUUCGUCACUCGUUGGGCAGCCAUUGAUGCGGAGAUCUUUCGAUGCAUCGGUGAGGCAGCCUUUUCGUUGAUCGACCUCGGUAGCUGCUGUGGCUUCUUCAGCUUGCAGGCGGCCGUGGCCUAUCCUCAGGCAUCCGUGUUCGGCGUGGAGGGGUCGGUAGGUAUCGGAAACGGCACGACGGGCUUAGAUGGUACGCAGGAGCAAAUCAUUGCGACGAAGGCUGUUCAAACCCACCUCCGAUGGAUCAAUCGACUGAAAUUGCCAAACUGCUUCUUGGCACCGGACGUCUGGGAUUUCAAGAAGGUUUCCGGCCUCGCAGCCGCUGGCAACCUUUGUGAUGUUCUUCUCCUCCUCUCUGUUGUCCACCACGUUGACAAUGUUUCGACCGACCAGUACACUGAGCAGGGCUGGAGCCGAGUGGAGCUUCAGCCAGCGGCACGCUGGGACUGCUGGCUGCCGGUCAGCGUCUCAGUUCAGGUCGGUGUCGGGAUUCCUGUGGGCGAUCCGAUCUGUGGCCCUUUUUACGCACGUGAUCGGUGUGUUUUCUGUUCCCAGGAUGGGCCAGGCUAG